UGGAGUCUUAUCUCAAUCACAAGUGGAUCAUCCGGCAAGGAGUAAUCUAGUGCGAUCGGUUUAUAUUAAUUACAAUUAAAUCCAUAUAAUUUCAUUUCGAUACGGUGAAUUCGCGUACCGCGGACAAGUGGAUCGAAUAAUCCCGCCCUCCAGAGAGGAUUUAGUGAAAUCGCCGUGUCUACAGUUGACUUAAACAUCAAAAUGACCGUUAGCGAAAAGACGCCGCUGCUGCCCCAGGAAUACCAAAAGUCUUACAUCAUACCGAUUCAGGCCCCGGAGGACUUCAACAAUAAUCCCGAUCCGAGUCUGACAGAGCAAUAUGACUCAUACGCCCUUACCAAAGAGGAACUGAACAAGUUCAUCAACGACCCCUGCUGGAUCCGGAUCCGCUACGUUUGCAUGUCAAUCUACUGGGUUGUGUGCCUGAGUGCCCUGUUCAUUUCCUGCUUCAUGGCGUUCACCGCACUAGAGAACGGUUUUUGCGAUGCGGCCAUGAACAAGAGCAGCUCGUCAUCGGUGGCUGCUGACAAUGGAACAGAUGUUCUAGCCACAACAAUCCUGCCCUUUGAUUUGAAAACAACAACUGCAGCAACAAUAUCAACGGACACAACGAAACAACCGACCGAUGGCACAACCAGAGUGAUUUUCGGUGUUCUCGAACAUCCUGCCUAAACUCUGGACAACUGCACGGGUGCUGGUGCAAGGCUGUGAUCAUACUUAACCUCUAUUAAUGUAGAAUAGUUUGACAAUUUCGAAAACCCUGACUGUAGUGAUUGAUUAUCUUUUAAACUUGCCGUGGGCCUUGUGAUAUCGUAUAUAUUUAGGCAUGAAAUGGAACAAAUAACAAGAAACUCUGAAAGCCAGUUCGACUUCUUCUGCAGCUCAUCGAUUAAGUGACAUAUAUUUAAAAUAUCUUUACUUCAAUGUGACAAUCUGAUUAAAAAAAAUAGACGAUCGAUCAGCAUGAUAAACAC